AAACGCAAUUUGUUGUAAAAUGUAUUGUAAACAUACGGUUGACGUUGAACCGUUGAAUCAGCCUUUUACAGGUGAAAGACGAUUGAAUAUGAACAAUUUCGAGUUGCCAGUCUCGCCGUAUUGAGUUCCAAAUAUUGUCAUUUUUGCAAAUAUUUAUUUAAUCGGGAAAAUGCAUCGGUUGCUUAAAAAUUUCAAAGACAAUGUGUAAUCCUGUCUCGAAGGACGCCUACGUUCAAAUGUAACUGAGAGAGGAAUGUUUGUAUGUCUCGUCUUCAGACAAUAACCACUCUUUGUACUUCACAUCUUUGGAACUCGUACGAAUCUAUAAGUGAGAAUAAAAACACGACAGCAGCAUUCUUAAAGCAGAUUCUGUACACCUUCUCAACGAAUACCAUGCCGAAUUUCACAACAACUGAAAGAGGCAAGAAAUGCUUAGUGCAUGAUGGUUUUAUGUAUGUUUUCGGAAAACAACUGAAAGAUGGAACAUCAGCGUGGAGAUGUCGCUUUCGAGCAGGUACGAAGAUUCUAGGUAGCACUUGUCAGGCCAGACUUUGGCUUACGCCAAAUGAAGAGGCAAUUGCUAGAGGUCCAAUACCCAAUCAUAGCCAUGGUUCCGAUUGGGGUUCAGCACAUUCUAAAGUGAUAACGGCAAACAUGAAAAUGGCAGCUAAACAGCAUCCUCAAACAAUGCCUUCCGAAAUUUACUUAAAAAAGAUGGUUGAACAUAACCCAGACCUUGAAGUAAUUUCAAAGUUGCCACAUAAGGAAUCUUUGAAGAGAACCAUUAGAAAUGCCCAAUCCCAAGGGUAUGAUAAACAGCCCAAAGACAUUUAUGCAGUUCCGGAUGAACUACCUGUCCAAUUUUCAUCGUUUAAUGGUGGAAGAUGGUUAAUUUUUGAUUCUGGCGCUCAAGACAAAAACCGUCAAUUGAUAUUUUGUUCCAACGAUGGCUUACGUCAACUGGUAAACGCGAAGUUUUAUAUCAUUGAUGGAACAUUUUCUACAGUUCCAAAUAUCGCUUAUCAACUUUACACCAUUCAUUGUGACUUUUUUAACAAAUUCCUCCCGUGCGUAUACAGCCUAAUGAGCAGUAAAGAUGAACAGUCGUAUAAAGUCCUUUUCGAGGCUGUAAAAGACGAAGUGAAACAAAGAACUGGUAAAGAACUCUGUCCUGAAUACGUUGCCAGCGACUUUGAAGCGGCUGCCAUCAACGCAGUUAAGGCAUGCUUUCCGCAGGCUAAGCUGGCCGGAUGCCUUUUCCAUUUUUCUCAAAUUUUAUGGAGAAGAGUACAGAAAAUUCCACAUCUCAAAGAAGCCUACAACAAGAUAGAAGAAAAAGACCUUAGAAGCGGCUUCCACAGCCUUGUUGCACUAUCUUUUGUCCCCGAGUCCGAUAUACAGAAAGUUUUCGAUGACUUGGUCGAUGCAAUUGACUCCAGACUUCUUCCAUUGUGCGCUCAUUUAGAAAAAAAUUACGUGAAAGGGAAGACAGUCGGAAGAAAGGUGAUACCCCCAAAAUUUCCUCCUUCAACAUGGAAUUGCUAUGACCGCGUAGAAAAAAACUUACCCAGGACAAUAAAUUCCGUGGAGGGGUGGCAUCUAAAAUUUAAGCAAAUUUGCAUGAGGAAACACCUGUCCUUUUAUUUAUUUAUACAAAAGCUAAUGGAAGCAGAAUCAGACGCAGUUUUUGACAGAAAAGCUUUGGAGGUUGGAGGAAAAUUGCGCUGCAGAAUGAAGUUAUACGAAAACCUGGACAGUCGAAUUGUAACAAUAGUCCAAAGGUACCAAUUCUACAAAGGUAACCACGAACAUUUGGUAUAUCUAGCGGCAGUUGGGGCAUGUGUCUCGGGAAGUUUAGUUCCUACAAAAGAAUCAUCUCAUUCAAGCGAUGACAACUCAGAUGUAGAUGAAGAAGGUGGUGAUAAUCUCGGUGAUAAUGAAUGCCAAUCAGAAACGAUGCAAGUUAAAGAACCUGACAGCAAUGAUUUAAUGUUAAAAUCUGUACAAACAAUGGAAGAAGAGUUAAUGUACGUACCCUUAUCGGUGAAAGAGCAGCGGCUCUUAUGCAAAAAUUUGGGCCCCAUAAAAUUCUUUAGGAAAUCGGCUACUGUUCCGAACACAUUAGGAGUUCCCUUUGCGAGAAGGAACCCACCACGUAAAACUUAUAGCAUAGUUGGGGACGGGAACUGCUUUUUUAGAUCAAUUUGUUUUACCAUCACAGGUGACCAAUCACAACAUGCAGUGUUCCGUAGGAUCAUCUGUGAAGAGUAUUCACAGUCUGCGGAAGGAGCUGACAACCCAAGACCGGAGAUGGCUUCUGAAGGAACAUGGGCGGCUAGCGAGGAAAUAAUGGCCACCGCGAAUCUUUUGGGCAUAAAGAUAUAUGUAUGGUCAAAGUUUGGAAACGUUUUGACGUGGCAUAUCAUUUCUCCAGAUCCGGCGCGAUGCAAUAAUAAUAUUCGUGGUUCAGUCUAUCUGGACCACAGCAGUGAUGUGCAUUUUGAUGUGGUAAAUAGCAUUUGUAGCAACUAUAAGUAAUACUUUAUAAUAUUUUAUAUAAUAAAAUUUAUUUCUUCUUUUAUUUAUUUUAAUUUGAGGUGUUACCAAAGCCAAAAUCGUGUUACAUUUUCGUAUUUAUAUCAUUCCUGUGUGCUAUUUUACAAACAUUUAAAUACCUUUUUCUACAAUCGAUAUCCAAAGUAG